UUCAAGGAGGUAGUUGACUCUAGUUUUGUAUCCAGAAAUGCUCAAAAGCCACCAGCAAAAUGAUGGUCAAUUUAAAAUAGCUGUGGCUGGUAAUGUGUUGUGCGAAAGUGUUUUUGGCAAGACUGACUAACCAGUGUCUUUGAAAGUUUCUUGGUUGUUUGCUUAAAGGGCAAAAUACAGUGGCCUUGAGCAUUAAAGCCACUGUCGCCAGUGGAUGAAGAGUCUUGGCCUGUAUGAACGGUUUGUUUUCUAUCAAGACAUCCUCACUGUGCUUUAGGCAUAGAAAAACUAUGUUUACUAGUUAUAAUAAACAGUUUCUCAUAUAAUCAAAAGGAUUACAGGAGGGCCAGUUAGGUACAGGGAUAUAUUAUUGUGUCUGUGAGCCGGACAACAAGGACCCACAAUGCUCUGGAGUAGAGUCUGUUAAAUGCAGAAAAUGAUAAGUGAUUGCAAUGUAUGGUAACUCCUGCAGGAAAAAGAACUAAUUAAUCUGCGUUUACAAGCUGACAGGUGCACUCAAAUAUUUAAUUGGUACAGAAAAAAUUUCAGCAUGAAGCCACCAGGUUUACAUAACAAACAUCAGUCUGUAGAGUCUUUCCUACUUCAACAAAAUGAUCAGGAUGUUUUUGUUCUUUUUUAAACAACCCAAGGCCUCACACAGUGACUGAAUUUGGCCUCCCUUAUCUUCACCAGACCCUGCAGCCUUUAGUCAGCUGACUUCAACGUCCUUUUCACAAAUUUAGAGCGCUGGUGAAAUGAAAGUACAUGGUGACUUCUGAAAACAGAGCACUUUGGGUCUGAGCCUAACACUCAGAUUGUGGGCUCAUGCUGCAGUAUAUGAAUGUUUUAGUCACUAAUCUGUUUAUAAAAUAAGUUAUAGUAAGUGCAGAAGUGGGUCAUGGAGAAAUAUGGUCAUUUAACAUCUCAGUUGGAAGACAAACAACUUCAAGGACACCAAUUGAUAGCAUCAACUGAAUCAACUUUUAGGGAAAUGCUUUGUUCUUUGCAUCCAAACAUUUCCAGAUUUUUUUUUUAUAUAUAGUUUUUGAAAACACAACCAUGGCGGUAGUUGUUACUUCUCAGUGAGUUUGGUAUCAUUAAUAUAGCCAGCGACAGUUGUCCUGUGCUGCUGUUGUUCACAAAGGUUUUCUCCAGCGCAGCAACAUUCAUAUAGUGAGCUGCUGAGGCAGCAGAGCUGCAGGCUUUGUAGGUUCGCCUGAUGCCAGGUGGAGAGAUGGCGAGCAAAGAUAAAACUGAGCUAAAGCAGAAUAAGUAUAACAUAGAGAUAAAGUACUUAAAGGACUAAAAUAUAGUUUAGUUUAUGUAGUUAGCUAAUCAAAAGGUAUUUGAAAAAUACAAUUUAGCCAUGCAACAUACCUGAAAAUUCUAGCCAAGCAGAAUUGGCCAGAAUUUAUAAUAAUAAUCCAUAAAAGCAAUUCAGUUUCUGGAAAUAGUUUGUAUUCUUUAAAUGAUAUGUAUGUAUAAGUGCUGUACUUCACACUGAAAGAAAUAAGUUCUGUUUCAUGUUUUUGUUUUUUACAGCAACAAAACACUACAUUGUAGAAGGUACUUAGUUGAGAAAAGGAAAUGACUUCCACUGACUGUUCUAGAGUUUGAACAUCCAAAGUAAUGGACUUCUCAUUUUUCUUCGUGAACAGUUAUAUUUCUCAAUAUAUCUCUUAAUGCAACUAUUGCAAAAUUGCUCCUGCGGUCACAUUUGUUAGAUCUAGGACACAUCACGGCCUUGUUUACCCUGGUUGAUGCAUUCAGAACCAGAUUUAAAAAUGGACACCUUUGUCCAACCAGGCUCUUGUGGGGGAGCAGAUAAGAGACUCUGCAAAGGCCUUUGAACCGUGGAGCUUCAAUGACAAGUUCAACUGACCUUUUAUUUUCCACUUUGCAUUGAAAGCGACCAGUUCCUUUUCUUUUCCUUAGCAACCAAUCAGUCUACUCCCAAUUUAUAGGGACUUCUUUGAGCUUGUACGUGUGAUGUUCCCCUUUACAGUCGGGUCUGAUGUUACAGGGUUUUGUAUCCUAACCUGUCGCUGUACCCUCCCACUCCCCGUCCAUUUGCAUGGCAACCCUUUAGCAGGCCAGCUGCUGCUGCCCUUUUCUUUCUUCGUUUUGAAUUCUAAUCAUUACUUUCAAAGGAUAGGGUCUCCAAAGCUCCUUUAUCAAGUGUAUGUACUGGGAGGAGGCAAUCGGCUGUCCAGCACCCACUCACUCUGCUCUUCUUAACACUUCUGUUCUUCAAACCGAGAGCACUUCCUAUUAGUCACCUGCUUCGUCACAUUUGGAGAAAAAUAACGUUUGGAAGAAGAAGCUCCGCAGUGAUGCCAUGAGGUUGAUUUUGGUUAAACCCACCAACGCAACACGACGUCUUGACUCAACAGGUGAAGUCUUCCGUGACGGGGACCAUGAGCAUUGCACCUCAGGAGGUCCAUCACCCCCCACAAAAACCCCUGAGGGGAUGUGCGAUCGAUACUCGGGGACCUCCUUGGAAGUGUCUUCGUCCCCACAGGAGACAAGUCUGUGCUGUCUUUCGUCUGCCCCCCAUGAAAGAUCCAAUGGAAUCAGUCCUCCCAGAGUUUCAGCCCAGAUGUCACCUCUGAAAACUCGAAAUUUAACCUUAUCACAGCUAAGUGAUCAGGACUGGCUGCUGCUUUGUGGCCAGGUUAGCAGGGUAGGGGAUGAUUCACUAUCAGCAGAGAGACCAGGCACCAGUGUGGGACAUCCAAACCACAGUGACAGAUGUGGUUGUUCCUGUCCUGAUGCACAUUCAGAGGGUUCUAGUAUUCAACCACAAUCAAAACACAGUGCAGUCCAAGACGGCCUCUCCAGAGUUUCAAACAAGAGAGGCCUUUCAUCUUCACCACACUCCAAGAUUUUCUCUCAAAGCACCCACUUUUCGACCUCUUGCCAGGUUUUACCACACCAAACAAACCAAAGGGAUCUUUUGAAACCUGCAACAAAACAUCCACAGGAUAAUUUCAUGCCUCACUGCAGUGACCAAGAAGGUCAAAAAGAGCAACAGCUUUGCAAUCAUUUUAAACUCAAAGACAGCAGCCAAGCAACCUGCCCAAAUCUGUUCAAUAUUCCUCUGAACUCCAUCGAGUGCACUGAGACAAAUCAGAAACUUCCCCAACAGCCACAGCUUGCUGCCAGCACAGACCACAACUGGAGAGAGCUUUUUGGUAAAGAACCAGUGUUAGUUCAGCAAUGUCAAAAGCAAGACUCUCACUGCUCUGUAAGUGGUGAGGAAACCCGGAAGUCAUCUGGAGAUCCCGCCAUCAUCCUAAAGUGCCGUCAUCUCCCUUACAACCCUCUGACCAGUGCUCCACGGGUGAAGAGGUCAUCUACACCAGCCAGCAACAAAAGCGUCCAGUCCUUCUCCGCCAGUCAGUACAGUUCACUUGACAACCAGGAGUUAGUGGAAGCGAGAGCAAGACAGCGACAAAGUCAGACAAACACUCAACACCUCAGCGGAUCGAAACUCUCUCUCCCUAAACACCUUCCACCUUCCGACACCACACAAAGUGGUGACAUAGUCAAUGGGGAUAUUGUGCGACCGCUGACCAGCCAUGACACUGUGAGAUCCAGUCUUGCAGAUCUUCACUCAGGCCAGCAGCCCCUUCAGCUUCUUCACAGUGCCAUCCUCGAGGAUGCCUUCUCCAAAGUCAUCAGAGAAGAUUCCAGUAAGGCCAACAGUGAGAACCUGACCAGGGAGGAAGGUAGCGUACCACAGAAGAAGACCAAGGACAUCAGCUACAGACUGGGUCAGCGAAGAGCUCUCUUUGGGAAGCGCAAACAGCUGAGCGACUAUGCCUUGGUCUGCGGGAUGUUUGGCAUUAUUGUCAUGGUGAUUGAGACAGAGCUGUCAAGGGGAUUUUACAGCAAGGACUCUAUAUAUUCAUAUGUACUGAAAGGCCUGAUAAGCCUUUCUACUGCUAUUCUUCUUGGACUCAUUGUGAUGUACCAUGCGAGGGAAAUCCAGCUCUUCAUGGUGGACAACGGAGCAGAUGAUUGGAGGAUAGCCAUGACCUUUGAGCGCAUUCUCUUUGUUGUGUUUGAGCUCCUCGUCUGCGCCAUCCAUCCGAUCCCAGGCCAGUAUGUGUUCAGCUGGACUGCUCGAUUAGCCUUCAGCUACACAGCGUCAGUAGCGGAUGCUGAUGUCGAUAUCAUCCUCUCUGUGCCGAUGUUCCUGCGCCUCUACCUGAUUGGCCGGGUCAUGCUUCUCCACAGUAAGCUCUUCACAGAUGCGUCCUCCCGCAGCAUUGGGGCGCUCAACAAGAUCAACUUUGACACCCGCUUUGUCAUGAAGACUCUGAUGACCAUCUGUCCUGGCACUGUCCUGCUGGUCUUCAGCGUGUCCUGUUGGAUCAUCGCAGCGUGGACUGUGCGUGUAUGUGAGAGGUAUUACGAUGCCCAGGAGGUGACUAGUACCUUCCUUGGAGCAAUGUGGCUGAUCUCUAUCACUUUCCUGUCCAUCGGCUAUGGCGACAUGGUCCCUCACACCUACUGUGGAAAAGGAGUUUGCCUGUUAACUGGAAUCAUGGGAGCGGGCUGCACAGCCUUAGUGGUUGCUGUUGUUGCAAGGAAGUCAGAACUCACCAGAGCUGAGAAGCACGUCCAUAACUUCAUGAUGGAUACUCAGCUCUACAAAAAGAUAAAAAACACAGCAGCCAAUGUGUUGAGGGAGACGUGGCUUAUCUACAAAAACACCAAGCUGGUCAAGAAGAUUGAUCAUGCCAGAGUUCGCCACCAUCAGCGUAAAUUCCUGCAAGCCAUCCACCAACUGCGAAGAGUCAAAAUGGAGCAAAGGAAACUAACUGACCAGGCCAACACAGUUGCUGAUCUUGCAAAGACUCAGAACAUGAUGUAUGAUCUGGUGUCGGAGCUGCAGCAUCGAAGCGAGGAGCUGGACAGGAGGAUCGUGGCUCUGGAGGAGAAACUGGACUCCAUCCUCCUUAGUGUGCAGUCACUGCCCGUUGCGCUUUCUCAAGCAAUAACAAAGCUACAAAAAGAUUUCCUGGAUGACUUAGCCUGUCGUGUCCACUUCCUGUCAUCCUCCCUCAGCUCUGAGUGCUGUUCAGUCCCUGCAAGGCAGAUCUGUCCAGGCUCCACCACAUCAGAGACACCAUACAGCUGAAAGGCCUCACUCAGGGCUUUCCGUCUUCCUCUGCAAGUUUUGUUCAUGUUGGGAAAGACUUUCUCAACAUGCACUCUUUUUUUGUAAUGCUUAACUAUACGUUCAUACAGUUACACACAAUCACCCCUGGGAGUUACAGCUACAGUCUCAUAAUGAGCAGCUCCAAUGGAGGGGGAAGUGCCACGGUCAGGAGAGUGUAGAGGAAGGGGAGACCAUUAUUCCUUCAUUUCCUCUUCUCAAAGUUUCCCAGUUAGUGCAGGAACCAGGUUUUUCACCUCUAAAUAGAUAAACAUUAGUCAGUUGAGCCUCUAUUCGUCUUGCCCCACAAAACUCCAUGUGGGAUGAUGAUUGUAAAGCUUUAGGUUCAUAUAAAAUUUUAACUGUCAAUUGUUAAAGUCAUUCUUAUACAUUGUAUCAAGUUCAUUCCUUCGCAGUUCAAUAAAUGAUUAUUAUUAUUCCACAUUUUUCUUGGGACGCUCUGGUGCUCCCUCAGUGACCAUCACAUGUUUUGGCGUACCAAUAAACUGUUUUGCAGUUUUCUUUUCUGAAUAUCUAGAGUUGCAAGACUGUGUUUUGAAAUUAUGGACAGAGGCUUUGAUGGAAGUCUCAGGUUUAGAGAAUUGGGCUUUGGGUUCAUAUGUUGAACUGGCUCCCAGGAGUGAAUUUGUGAAACGGUAGAUAUGAAAAGCAGAACAGCAUUAUAAAGCAGCAAAACAGCUUUAAAAGGAAAAGUUGAAACAGCUGUAAUUCACUUACAUUUGUG